AUGCGCGUCGACAAAAGUGGGGACGCUUCGCUGUGCAACUCCCCGGGGAGGCUUGCCGACUACUCGCUGUACCUCGUGACGGACGACAAGUUCUUGACAGAUAAGCAGAACGUGUGCCGCACGCUCAUUGGGAAGGUGCGGGAAGGAGUCCUCGGCGGAGUGGGGUUGGUGCAGCUGCGGCUGAAGCAGGCAGACGACAGGUACUUUUACAACGCAGCCGUAAGGAUGAAGCACCUGCUGAGUAGAUAUAAAGUCCCACUAGUAAUCAACAACCGGGUAGAUAUCUGUGUAGGUGUAGACGCUGAUGGGGUGCAUGUGGGCAGAAGAGACCUCCCCAUCAAGGUCGCCAGGGACAUCCUAGGAGGAGAGAAAAUCAUCGGGGCAACCAUAAAUUUUAGCAAUGAUGAGGACAUUGAGAUGGCCCUAAACAGCCACGUGGAUUACCUAGUGCAUGAACACACAUUGUAUGAGUCUAGCACCAAGCAAAUUGCAGCUUCCCAUCACGAGGGGUUGAAGCAACAGAUAGGGACCCUACUCCGUAAGAUAAAGCAUCUUCAAGAGAGAGGAAAAAUUUACAAGCCACCUUUAGACUCCGAGGCUCCCCCUAUUAUAAUCAUCGGAGGUAUUAACACCAACAACAUUGACGAUGCUAUGACCCAUUUUUCUGACGCCUGUGCAGGGGUUGCAGUGGUGUCAAAUCUCAUUGGAGAAAAUUGCAACUCUUUUUUCAACGCACUAAGGUUAAAGUUUGCAAUAGAUAAACAUAAAAAGGGUUGCAACGAGGCGUUUGUGAAUCUAUGUGUGAGCUGCUUGCGUCAUUUUUUUUGGACCAAUUUGGAGGGCGACAUGAGAGGGGUGGACGGCGGCCACUUCCGAUUAGCCACAAAUGUGGACGUCAAAAAGAACGUUCGCCACUUUUUUGAAAGCAAUCUUAAUUUGAAAAUUGUGCAGUUGAGUCCGCCCGCGGUGUGCAGCUCCGCGGGGGGGGGCAAUUUCUUCCUGUUCUGUUCGAGGCGCACAAGGGUAGAGAGAGCGGCAACCGAAGAGAGAGAAGCACUCGAAGUAACCGAAGCAAACGGAGCAACCGCAUCAACCGCAGCAACCGGUGAAGGCGAAGGAACGCCCACUUCGCACAACCCGUGUGUAAGCAAGUGGAUUCAGCAAAAUAAGAAUAUCGCACACGGGGUCUUCAUUCUUAUAGGCGCGGAUUUAUUAGCCCUGUUCCGAAAACUUUUGGCGCCGGAAUUUUUCCACACGAACAAUUUCGUCGUUAUCACGAAGAGGGAACAAAGCGCCUGGGAGGCGGUGCGGUGUGACGUGCGCGGCGCUUCCAUACAGUGCUGCAACAAUUUAAUCAAUGUCGCGCUGAAGAAUAGCCACGUGGACAGUGAGGUAGUGAACCGCUUUGCCAUUCUGCUCGCAUAUUUUUUAAUGGUGCAGGAGAGGUUGAAGCAGGUGCGGCCCCAGUUUUUAACCCAAAUUGUGGGGGAGGGAGAAGCGGCGGCGGGCGCAGGGGAAAACGGAAGGCUUCUCAAACUAGCCGCCGCGGUGAACAUGUCGUUCGAGGUGCUUUCAAAUGAGCACACGGGGUUGGGGGUGGCGGCCUUCUCCACGUAG